AUGCCAGCGACAAACCGGAAAAAGAGUGGAGGCAACACAUUUGAGUUCAGUGAAAAACAGAUGGCUGAUAUAAGAGAAGCGUUUGAAUUGUUUAACGUAGAUGGAUCUGGGUCAAUCGGAACCAAAGAGCUAAAGGUAGCCAUGAGGGCCUUAGGAUUUGAACCAAAAAAAGAAGAAAUCAAACGUAUGUUGCUUAACAUUAAUAAACAGCACACUGGCGUCAUAACAUAUGAUGAUUUUGUCACUUUGAUGUCCAUAAAAAUGACAGAUAAAGAUUCAAAAGAAGAAAUUAUUAAAGCAUUUAAACUUUUUGAUGAUGACUGUACAGGAAAAAUAACCUUCUCCAAUUUAAAACGUAUUGCCCAAGAAUUAGGCGAGAAUAUUGUCGAUGAAGAACUUCAGGAAAUGAUAGACGAAGCAGAUAAAGACGGUGAUGGUGAAGUCAGUCAAGAAGAAUUUCUUCAAAUUAUGAAGAAAACCAAUUUGUAUUAA